AUGUUAUUUCGUCGACUUUUGUUCAUCAUCCAGUCUUUUACAUUAGGUGGAGGUGAAAGAGACCCAACGCAUAGUACACUUGGUAUCUCUCACGGGCAGUAUUAUCAGGCACGAGCGGCACUGACCCACGGGGUUAGAUCAACUAACCUUACAGAGUCCGGUAGACCAACUAUUAAACCACACAAGCUAUGGACGUUGAUACUCCGUUUCAUAGGGGAAUUUGAUAAAUUCAUUGAAGAAGAAGUGCAAAUGCAGCAAGAAUCUUUGCCUAUGGUAAUGGCUGAUGUAACAGUGAUUACCGAGAUGAUGAAAGAAGAAGAGACCAGAAUUAAGGGCUUCCUUGAAAAACUUGGACAGAAACUAAAAGACAGAAAGUCUGGCGGUAAAGUGAAAAGUGUUGGUGGAAGCCCAGGAGAGGUAAUCUGCAAAGUUGCAAACGAUGAGCACGCUGAUCUUAUCGUCACGGGAACCAGGGGUAUGGGUACGAUCCGACGCACAUUCCUCGGCAGCAUAAGCGACUACAUCAUUCAUCAUGCUCACGUUCCAGUCCUAGUUUGCAGACACAAAGAUCAUCAGCACCACCAUUAG